AUGAUCUCCCCAGCUCGAGUUACUUCCAUCUUGCGAUCAGCACCUCGUUGUAUCAACCAAAACGUUUCUUUACAAUCUACUUCAUCUUACGUUAGAAACAGAUCAAUCAGAUUCUUCAACUCAAUGUCCGAUCCUACUUUCACCCACGAGUUCAACCACUCUGCCUUCAAAGGUAAAGUAGAGGUCCCAACUGGCCUUUACAUCAAUGGUAAAUGGUCAAAAUCAUUGGACAAGAACGCCAAGACCAUUGACAUCUACAACCCUUCCACCGGAGAAGUCCUUACUUCCAUCCCAGAAGGUAGACAAGCCGAUGUUGACGAAGCUGUCAAACAAGCUCAUGUAGCUUUCAAUACCACUUGGGGUCUUCACGCCCCCGGUUUCAAAAGAGGUGAACUUUUGAUCAAGAUCGCUGAAUUGAUAGAGAGAGAUCUUGAUAUCCUCGCUUCUCUUGAGGCAUUGGACAACGGAAAGACUUUUACUGCUGCCAAGGCUUUCGACGUAACUGAAUCCGCAAGAGUGUUCAGAUACUACGGUGGUUGGGCUGACAAGAUCCACGGGAAAGUCAUUGAGACGACCGAAGCUAAACUUGCUUACACCCGACACGAACCCGUUGGUGUAUGUGGUCAAAUCAUCCCAUGGAACUUCCCUCUUUACAUGUUCUCUUGGAAGAUUGCACCUGCCAUCGCAGCCGGUUGUACCGUCGUCAUCAAGCCUUCUGAACUUACUCCCUUGACCGCUCUUUACAUGACCAAGCUCUUCGAGGAAGCUGGUGUACCUCCCGGUGUCAUCAACGUCGUUGUUGGAUACGGUAACACUGUCGGAUCUGCUCUCGCUGCCCACCCAGACGUUGACAAGGUCGCUUUUACCGGUUCUACCCCUGUCGGUCGAUUGGUCAUGGAAGAAGCUUCCAAAUCCAACAUUAAGAAAGUAUCUCUCGAGCUCGGUGGUAAAGGUUCAAACAUCAUCUUCGAGGAUGCUGACUUUGAGGAAGCUGUCAAAUACGCCGCUCAAGGUAUCUUCUUCAACCACGGUCAAACUUGUUGUGCUGGUUCCAGAAUCUACGUGCAGAAAUCAAUCUACGAGAAGUUUGUCAAGGCUUUCAAGGAGGCUACCUCAAGACUCAAGGUUGGUGACCCAUUCGAACCUACCACCUACCAAGGACCUCAAGUCUCUCAAUUGCAAUAUGAACGAAUUAUGAAAUACGUCCAACACGGUAAAGAUGAAGGUGCUACCGUUCUCUGUGGUGGUCAGAGACAUGGUGAUGCCGGUUACUUUAUCCAACCGACUGUAUUUGGUGACGUCAAACCUGACAUGAAGAUCGUCAAGGAAGAAAUCUUCGGUCCCGUCGUGGUUGUUUCACCUUUUGAGAAAGAGGAAGAAGUGAUCGAAUCUGCCAAUGACUCGGUUUACGGUUUGGCCUCAGCUGUAUUCACUCAGGAUAUCUCAAGAGCCACGAGAGUAGCCGCCAACCUCAAAGCCGGUACGAUCUGGAUCAACUGUUACAAUGAGUUGCACCCUCAAAUCCCCUUCGGUGGUUUCAAACAAUCUGGUCUCGGUCGUGAAUUGGGUGAAUACGCUUUGGAGAACUACACCGAGAUCAAAGCUGUUCAAAUCAACGUUAGUGGUAAAUGUGGUAUCCCUCUUUAA